AUGAAUCACAAACACGCAUGUUUUUAUCUCCUGCUCCUCUUCUUCCUCCUCCAAAAUCCGCCGUCCUCCGCCGUCGAUUUCGUCAUUAACUCCUUCAACUCCACCACCGUCUCACUCUAUGGCAGCGCCACCAUCCAAUCCAACAUCCUCACCCUCACUAACACUACUGCCGUCCAAACUGGACGUGCUCUUUAUCCAGACAAGAUCCCCACCAAGAAUUCCUCAUCAUUACUUCCCUUUUCUACCUCCUUCAUCUUCGCCAUGGCGCGCACAAGAAACGUUCUUCCCGGCCACGGGUUAGUGUUUCUGUUCACCCCUGUCACCGGGAUUCGGAAUACAGACGCAGCUCAGAAUCUUGGUCUUUUUAGCAGAACGGUUGAUGGGAAUUCAAGCAAUCAUGUGUUUGGUGUUGAAUUCGAUGUGUUUAGAAACGAAGAGUUUCGAGAUAUUAAUGAUAAUCAUGUUGGGAUUGAUGUCAAUUCUUUAACAUCUCUUAAUUCAUCUGAAGCUGGGUAUUAUCAAGAUCAAGAUGGGGUUUUCAGAAUAUUACAGCUUAACAGCGGUAGAAACUACCAAGUUUGGAUCGAUUAUAAAGAUUCCAUGAUUAAUGUGACCAUGGCUCCUGUUGGGAUUAAAAAGCCCACCAGGUGUUUGAUCUGUCUCCCUUUGAAUCUUUCUGAUGUUUUUGAAGAUGAAAUGUAUGUGGGAUUCACUGCUGCUACUGGGGCAUUGAUUCAAAGUCACAACAUCUUGAGUUGGAGUUUUAGCAACUCAAAUUUCUCUUUGAGUGACUCUCUGAUCACAGAAGGGUUGCCUUCUUUUGUGCUUCCAGGUGAGCCUAUUUAUCGAUCAACCGGAUUCAUUGUCGGUUUAACAUUAGGGGUUUUCUUUAUUGUUGUGAUUUGUGGUUUGGUUGGUUUUCUUUGGAUCAAAAGAAAGAGGAGAAUAGCUAAAGAAAAAGCCAAUAUGGAGGAUUGGGAAUUGGAAUAUUGGCCUCAUAGAAUACCUUUUCAAGAAAUCGAUAUGGCAACAAAGGGUUUUAGCGAUGAGAAUGUGAUCGGAAUUGGUGGCAAUGGGAAGGUUUACAAAGGAGUUAUAGGUGGCACAGAGAUCGCGGUCAAACGGAUCGCUCACGACAACAAUGAUGGUGUGCGAGAGUUCUUGGCCGAGGUUUCAAGUCUUGGAAGGCUAAAACACAGAAAUUUGGUGGGAUUAAGAGGAUGGUGCAAGAAAGAAAAGGGUAGUUUGAUCUUGGUAUACGAUUAUAUGGAAAACGGGAGUUUAGACAAAAUGAUAUUCAAUCGAGAAGAUACCAAAAUCUUGGAAUUUGAUGAUAGAAUGAGGAUCUUAACAGAUGUAGCAAAUGGGAUUUUCUACCUGCAUGAAGGGUGGGAAUCCAAGGUUUUACAUAGAGACAUCAAGUCAAGCAAUGUGUUGCUUGACAAAGAAAUGAAUGCAAAGUUGGGUGAUUUUGGGUUAGCGCGGAUGCACCAGCAUGGUCAAGUGGCUACCACCACUCGCGUGGUUGGAACCGCAGGGUACCUCGCACCAGAAGUGAUCAGAACAGGCCGAGCCUCAACACAAACAGAUGUUUUCAGUUUCGGAAUCUUGAUUCUUGAAGUUAUAUGUGGAAAGAGACCAAUAAAAGAAGGAAACAUCCCUUUGCUGAAUUGGGUAUCCCAAAUGAUGGAAAAAGGCAAACUUGUUAACGCCAUAGACCAGCGGCUAAUCGCAAAGGGUGGUCUGGACCAUGAGGAGGUCGAAAUAGUGUUGCAUUUGGGGCUGUUAUGCGCGCACCCGGAUGCGAAGGCUCGACCAACGAUGAGGCAAGUGGUGAAGACUUUAGAAGGGAGGAACAAGAACGAAGCAGAUGAAUCUGAAGGGGAUGAUGAUAUGGGAGUUUAUUUGCUGGAAAGGAUGAAAUCCAAAGAUUUGUGGUCAAAAUAUUCAGAAAUAUUAAUGAAUUCAGGAUCAUCAUCGUAUUCACAUCCAAAAUUUGGGGAGGUUAGAGCUGGGAUUUCUUCUUCUAUGUCACUUACAUUAUCUGAUAUUGUAGAGGGUCGAUGAGUUUGAAAUUGUAUACAUAUAUAACACUUGGAAAAGAAAGGUUUUUUAGGUGGUUUUGUGACAUGGGUUUUGCCUGGAUUUCAGGGGUGAAAGUGGAAAUGGAUGAUUGAGGACAGGGGCAGAACGGGAUUUUGCUUUUAUUUUUUGUAUUCUUUUAUUAUUGUAAUUACAUAUAGUUUUGUGUGUUCUUGGAAACAUGUAAAUUACCUUCAUGAAUGUAACAAUUCCUCCAGGUUUAUUUGUCUA